AUGUUAUAUUAUAUUCUAUAUUUAUUUCCUUUAACAAUAAGUGGUUUCUUCUUUCAAUCAUCACCUUGUUCGUGUCCACAAACUAGCUGUCCAUUAACUACAGUUUGCCCAGAACCUACUUUACCAACUACAUUUAUAAAUCCAUCACCUGUUACCUCAUUUCAAGUGCCAUUUAAUAGUCCUCCGUGUCAAAAAAUAAAUGAAAAUAAUGGAUAUGAUAAUUCAUUAUCAACAUACCAAGAACCUAUUUUAAUAACAUCAUCUUAUUCACCUAUUCAAACAUAUGGAUAUCAAGAAAUACCCCAAUCUCAACAAAUAUAUAUACAACCAAGUCAUGUUAAAGAGAAUAACAUUGAAACAUAUCAAAGUUAUCCAAACUAUAAUAUUCAAGAUAUGAUUGCAACUAGUGAUAAUUAUUUAAAUAAUAAUAUACUACCACAAAGAGAUUCAUUUGGUAAGGAAAAAUUUUUUGCCGACAAAACAUCUACAGAUAAAAUUGAUAAAAAAAAGAAAAUGAAUAAUAAAAAGAAAAGUUCAUUCAAGUCAUUAUGUAAUGAUUCAAAAUUGGCAAAAAUAAUGGCAGAGGCAAUUGUAUCAGAUAUUACAAUUUCAAAAUUACUUAUUUCUGAUGCUGUUUCAAUUGCCUAUGACAAUAACAAAGCAAAUGUAAUUUGUGCAUCAGGUGAUUUUAGUUAUAGUAUAUUAAUUCAAAAUGAAUACUGUGAAACUACAAAAGGAAAAGUUACAUGUUUUGUUUAUUUAUAA